GAGAGUGCCGCGCAUGCGCAGUGCAGAGCGCCGCUUAGCGCUCUGUGUGUGCCAUAUUUGUCACUGAGACAGCAAAAAAAAAAACCGGUACUUCAGAAAAUAAAAAUAAAAAAUAAAAUAAAACACUGCCGUGAAGCUGGUGAGGAUAUUUCUCAUCACCGGGUAGAUUUCAUCCGAGAGGUGUUCAGGAGCGUCACGGCCGCGGCGCGUCCCCUUUCUCUCUGACGCCGUCGCCUCCUGUGCCAAACUGUCGGACAUGUCGGGUCCAGUGCCGAGCCGAGCGCGGGUUUACACCGAGGUGAACACACACCGGCCCCGGGAGUACUGGGAUUACGAGUCCCAUGUGGUCGAGUGGGGAAAUCAGGACGAUUUCCAGCUGGUGCGGAAGCUCGGGCGCGGAAAAUACAGCGAAGUGUUCGAGGCGGUGAACAUCACCAACAACGAGAAGGUGGUGGUGAAGAUCCUGAAGCCUGUGAAGAAGAAGAAAAUAAAGCGUGAGAUAAAGAUCCUGGAGAACCUGCGAGGAGGUCCAAACAUCAUCUCGCUUAUAGACAUCGUCAAAGACCCGGUGUCCCGAACUCCUGCCUUGGUUUUUGAACACGUGAACAACACAGACUUUAAGCAACUGUAUCAGACGUUGACGGACUACGACAUUCGGUUCUACAUGUACGAAAUCCUGAAGGCUCUUGAUUAUUGCCACAGUAUGGGAAUUAUGCACCGAGACGUCAAACCGCACAACGUCAUGAUCGAUCACGAGCACAGGAAGUUGCGUCUGAUCGAUUGGGGUCUCGCGGAGUUUUAUCACCCGGGGCAGGAGUACAACGUCCGAGUCGCCUCGCGCUACUUCAAAGGACCGGAGCUUCUCGUCGACUAUCAGAUGUACGAUUACAGUCUGGACAUGUGGAGUCUCGGCUGCAUGUUGGCCAGCAUGAUCUUCAGGAAGGAGCCUUUCUUCCACGGCCAUGACAACUACGACCAGCUGGUGAGAAUAGCCAAAGUCCUGGGAACUGAAGACCUCUACGAUUACAUCGACAAGUACAACAUCGAGCUGGAACCUCGCUUCAAUGACAUCCUGGGAAGACAUUCGCGUAAACGAUGGGAACGCUUCGUACACAGUGAGAACCAGCAUCUGGUGAGUCCCGAGGCGUUGGACUUCCUGGAUAAACUGCUGCGAUACGACCAUCAGGCGCGCGUCACGGCGCAGGAGGCCAUGGAGCAUCCGUACUUCUACCCUGUAGUAAAGGAUCAGCCGCGUAUGCUGGGCUCCGCUAACGUUUCCGCGCUCGGCUCCGCAGUGAGCACCGCCAGCCUCAUCACGGGGAUCGCUGCUCUUCCUGCCUCCACAGCUCUGGGCCCGCUCGCCGGCUCGCCCGUCCUCUCAGCUGCCAAUAACCUCAGCGCCGCCGUGCCCGCCGCCGCCGGAGCCAUUCAGUGACGCCGAGGGAGCGAUGACCUCUGACCUCUCGGUUUAGCCUGCAGGGGAUGAUGGGAAAAGAGUGUCCCCCUGCUCUUCCUGCUCCUCCCCCCUUUUUUUCCCUCUCUUACGCCACACUCGUAAAAAAUUCACCUCAAGUUAAACAAACUCUCUACUUGUUUAACAGUUUACCUGAACCGUACAGACUACGUGUGUGUGUGUGUGUGUGUGUGUGUGAGAUGAUGUUAAGCACAUUUUUUCCCACAUGUUAGAAAGGAAAGGUGUGUGUGUGUGUGUGUGUGUGUGAUGCUGAUUUAGGAUUAGCUCUACGCUGAAAACUCAAACACGGCUAAUCACAAAUCAGGUUGUUGGGGUUGUUUUUUUUUUCACCGACACGGAGCCAGUGAUUUUUGUAUUUUAUUGAUUCUUUUUUUUUUUGUAGAACUUUAGUUCCACUAGUUUAAUUGUUGAACCAAAAGAAAGUCAAAAAAUGAUCAUGUUCAGUGUUUACAUUUUUAGUUCUUCACGCUGCUGAGCGUCAGUAUCGCAACAUCGGCAGUAUUUUUCUCUCCCGUCCACACACGUCCUUUUGUUUGUUUGUUUGUUUGUUUGUUUGUUUGUUUGUUGUGAAUGUAGAGCAUUCCGCUGUCACACCUCUGAAGCUUCGAGAAGCUCCUCUGAUACACACUCGAAGCUCUGAUGUCUUUAUUCUAAUUUUUUUUUUUUUUUUCUGGAUAAAAUGUAAAAAUAAAGGAAAUGUUGACUGGAAAAAGAAUUCAGAUUAAAUCCAAACACACAUUUAAAUCAAUUAUUUAACAAAUCUGAGGAAAUAAAGAAUUAAAGUUGUUUUUAUAAUUUAUAAGGAUCCUUCUUUUUCAUUUUCUUAAUUUUCUUCUUGUUCUUCUUUAUCGUUGGUUUGGUUUUUUUUCUGUUUUUCUUUCUUCCUCCACUUUUUUCCUCACUUUUUCUUUUUCCCUUUUUUUGUUUUUUCUUUUUAGUUUUUUCUCUUUCUUAUUUUCCUUUGUUUUCUUUUUUCUUAGCUUUCCUUUCCUUCCUUUUUUUUCUUGUUUUUUUCUUGUUUUUUUUUUUUGACUGAAACAAGAUUAGGAUUAAAUACCAACACAUUUUUUAAAUCAAAUCUUUAACAAAUCAGAGGAGAAAUAAACAAUUAAAACUAUUUUUCAGGUUAUUAGGGGGCCAAGCAUCAAGUAGGUUUCUUUUUGUUUUUUAUUCUCUUCUUUUUCUGUUUUCCUUUUUGUCUGUUUCUUGUUUUUAUUCUAUCUCAGUUUUUUCUUUUACUUUUUUUUUUUUAAUUUAUGUUUUCUUCUUAUUGUCAUCUAGUUUUGCUUUACAUGUUCGCCCAAGAAUUUUCAUUCCAAUGUGUCACGUGUCCAAAAACGAGAAAUUUCUCCUUACUUAGCACGAGCAGUGUAGCAGCAUAAACACGUAACAAGAUCGUAAUCAUCCGUUUCUUCACGUACCGUCUGUUCUUUCCUCAACAAUAAACAGCGAUUAUGCAAAUAACUCAAAUCCAGCAUGAUAUAUAUUUAUAUAUAUAUUUAUAUUUCCACGUUUGCAGCUCCGUGUCGGUGUAAAAAGCUUUAGCGGUGAACUCGACUCGUCCUCGGUGGCCGUAGAGUUUUAAUCGUCCUGGUGCUGUUACAACACUCGCCUCGUCCUCAUGACCGUAACACACCGCGGUGUUUUAAACGGAAUAACGCGUGCGUUUAGAUACUGCAGGAACGUCACCUCUUCAACAUGUGGAAUGCUGGAAGGGGAAAUGAAUCAACAUGGAGUGUUUACUGUGUACAAUCAGUUCACAAUGCAAUAUCUUUUUUUUUUUUUUAGUUUUUCUUUCUUUAUUUUUUUUUUUAUGUUCGAAAACUUGCUGCUAUCCUCCUCAGAUCAGCUCUUAGUGGAUUUAAUUCUUUAUUUUUUUAUUUUAAAAGCAGAAAUAUUAAAAAAAAAAAAUCAUUUCAUUUCUGAAAAGUAUUAAUUCCGUGUCAGUAACCUCUCCUCCUCCUCCUCCUCCUUCUUCUUCGCACUCUGAUUGGUUGAUGGAGAGAACUGGAUAACCAAUCAGUGGGUUUUCUCUUAAUUUAUGCAUUUGAAUAAAAAGAACCGGUUCAGAGCACGCGUAUCCGCCGUUUUUAUCGUUGAAAUAACGAACGUUUUGUUUUUGUCCCCAGUACACGCCUGUUUAUGGAAGAAAAUCUCGAGACUUUCAGAAACGUUCCUCGUGCAGAUGAUUUUCACGAGACUUUUGUAAAUUUAAGCCAACGGAAAAAAUGCGGAUGUUGCGUAAGAUGUGUAGAAAAGAAUCACGUAAAAAUUGUGUAGAUAGUGUACGAUAAUCUGUGACACGUUCAGUAACGACGCACCGAAGUCCUAAAAGGUUUUCACUUCACGCAGAAUGUUCACGCUAUAAUAUAAAUUACACCGAUGUUUCAUAACGAGAAUUUUUAUUUUAUUUUUUUUUUUUUCUGUGUUGCGAUUUUUUUUCUGUUCUCCCCUCCGGCGCAUCAUAAAGAUCUUUACUCUUUAUUGUUUUUGUUUGUUUUGUUUUGUUUUGUUUUUUUAAUUAAACUGCCGGCGUUUAUCCACGAUGUAAAUCCGAUACACACUCGCACACACACACAUCCUCUCACUCACGGUUGUACAUAUGUCUCUGUCCUCAUGUAGAGCUGUAGUGUUUCAGGAUAUUUGUGUAAAUAAACGUGUUUUAUUUAU